UAGCCACUUAAGGCCAUUCACUGAAGAGUGCAAAAUUUUGUUUGAGAAAUUUCAACUCAAUGUAAAUACUUUCUUCUCUUCCUUUUUGAGCUGAAAAGCUUUAUGGGAAGAAUUAAAAGGAUGUCCCAUAUGAGAAAAAAAAUUAAUGGAGUUAUUUUUUUUUUAUUGCAAUUAUAAAGAAAUAUUUCUUUUAUAUAAUUGACUCGAAAUACAAAAAUGCAAAAAUCAACUAAAUCUCAAUUAAUAAUUACUUAUAAAAAUAAUAAUUUUCAAGCCAUAAUGUAAUUCUCGUCCCCACCGCAAACUAUUAUAGUUUCAGCUGCAGCUCAAAAAAAACAAUAGAUAGUUUCAGCUAAGCAGCAUCGUCUCAGCGACAUGUUUAGAGGCCUAUUUAACUGGGAUGACAGAAGAAUCCUAUUACAGCCGAAGAAUUUUACAGCUGCUUCAUCAAACACUUGAAGCUCAAAAGUUGUCUUUUUUAUGUCCAAUAUUUUCAGUUCCCAUGUCAGCCAAACCUUUGAUUCUGUUGCUCAAUUCUUAGAUCAUUCAUAUCAAACUAAGAAUGUCAUAGCCAUUAAGAAGCUCCAUGCUCGUCUGCUGAGGACAGGCUUACUCUUUUUCUCACUUAACAUCCACUCUAGGCUCAUUUUCGCCUGCACCACAUGCAUCAACAAAAACAACCUCCAAACCUUAACCAAUUGCUGCAAAUUCCUAAACCCUAUAAACCCAUUACCCUUCAAUCUACUAUUAUCUAAUUUCUGUCGAAAUGGGUUCCCUUUAUUAGCACUAAAAACCUGCUCUCUCAUGCAUAUAACCAGUGUUUCUUUAGAUACUUAUGCUUGGUGUAGUUCCUUAAAAGCUUCCUCUUCUAUGGAAGAUGUGAACUUUGGUAAACAGAUACAUGCCCAUGUGACGAAAUCAGGUUGGUUAUCCAGUGUGUUUGUGGGUAGUGCUUUGAUCGAUCUAUAUGCAAAGUCGUCGUUUGUUGGUCAUGCGGCAAUGGUGUUUGAUGAAAUUCCAGUGAAGAACACAGUUUGUGCAAAUGCUCUUUUAUCAGGUUAUGUUGAGGGUAAACUGUGGGAUCAGGGAAUUAAAUUGCUAAGGAAUAUGCCCUGUUUGAGUUUGGAUUAUGACCAUUUCACAUUAGCGGCAAUGCUACGGACAUGCGCGGGGCUUUCUGCUAUUGAACUAGGCAGACAAGUGCACGCCUAUUUAACACGUAAAAUUAAUGAUUUGGGAAAUGAUGUUUUCUUGCAGAGUUCAUUGAUUGAAAUGUAUGGCAAGUGUGGUUUUGUAGAGAAGGCUUUGCAGGUCUUCAACUUGGAGGGAUAUAAGUUGGGUGGAAAGGUCAAUAGGGAUAUUGUUUUGUGGACUUCAAUGCUAGGUGCAUAUGGUAGAAAUGGGCAUUUUAACAAAGUGAUUGAACUAUACAAAGAGAUGUUAAAAGAAGGCAUCACACCAGAUGAGGUGGCAUAUGUUACUGUCAUCUCUGCUUGUGGUCACACUGGCCAACUGCAACUUGGAAUUGAGUAUUUCAAAUCAAUGUCUCUGGACUUUAACUUGAAUCCUGGCAUGGAGCACUACAGCAGUGUUAUUGAUUUACUUUGUAGGGCUGGUGAGUUAGAUAAAGCCUGGAAGCUGAUGAACGAGAUGCUCACUAAAGGGCAAGUGAAUCCCUGCAUUUCGAUGUGGGGGGCUUUGCUUAGUGCUUGUGAAGAACAUGGGAAUAUUGAGAUUGGUAAAUUAGCUGCUCAAGAGGCACUCAAGUUGGAGCCUCAGAAUGCUGGGAUCUAUGUUAUGUUAUCAAAUUUAUAUGCUAGGUUUGAUAUGUGGGAUGAGAUUGGCCAGCUGAGGGAAAUAAUUAAAGAUAGAGGACUAAAGAAAGAUGUAGGAUGUAGUUGGAUUGAAGUCACAAGAUAAGUGGAGUGUUUUUAUUGUCAUCAAACGCAGUGCAGUCACGAAUUGAUCUUGAUUUGAUGUCAGAGAUUCUAUACCAAAAUUGAAAGAUGACCCUUUAACCUGUUUCAAAUCCUGAACAAUAGAGAAUAUAUCUUAAUCUUCCAACUGAAGAGGCAGCAAAGGAAAUGUUACACUGCAGAGUUAAGUAUGAUAGGACUUGAGCUUCAGAAUGAGGCACCCUGUAGUUGAAAUGGGAAUUAGAUCCUUUCAAUGCAUAAUUAACAUUAGCUGGUCAAACAGGUAUUACAGUUGAUUCUUGAAAAUGUUUGAAUUGUUGUGUAAAUAUUCAUAUUCUGCAUUUGAUAGUUGAGAAUUAUUAAUUUAACUCCAAUGGAGGCAGGAGGGACAAGUUUUCAGGCAAUAGGUAUAAGGAACACAGGUGGCUUCACCAUUAUCUAGUUGUGCUAUUUGAUGGGGGUUUUGAAUUUGGAUAUGUUUUGAUGAGAAUUAGAAGGAACAUUCUUGUGAUGUGAAUAGUCCCACUUACCUGGUUGGGGGGUGUAGGAACUAUAAGGAUUUCAAAAAAUACAUUGGAGUUGGGUUUUGA